CACCCACCUCCCACAAAACCAUGCAACCUGGAAGGAAAAGUUCCCCAGACUCAAAGCUAAGCAUAUACACUCCACUCUCUGGUCUGUUGGAAAUUACAAAUCGGAGAAAAAAAAUAAUGUCGUUUCCUACUACGUUGCUACUUUCCCUGAAAAUUAUCUUGAUUUCGACGGGAGCCAUUUCCAUGGCUAUGGGGAUGAUAUUCUCUGUUCCAUCGAUUACAGCUUUUACCUGUUAUGACCUUCCUGUAGUUUGGAAAUCUGUGGUGACCUGGCUCAAGCCUCCUUACCUCUACUUCAUCAUCAACGUUAUUAUCAUCACCAUCGCCGCCUCCUCCCGCUUCAGUCAUCAUCACCAAUCCAAAAACUCGGAUUCCUAUCAAUCACGUGAGCCGCUGAUUUCUGUUAGAACACCUCCGCCGUCUGAUGUGGUGGCCGCGGUAGUAUUGGCUCAGCGGGAGGAUGAGCUGAAUAGGAAUGCAGUGGAAGCUCCGGGGCCGCUGUCGCUGCCUCCGCCGCCUGUGGUGGAGGUGUAUGUUGCUGAAGCUGAAGCUGAAGAUGAAGAGGAAGAUGAGGACGAGAAGGUUGUGGAGCUGAAGCCCGUGGUGGUGAACGGUGUUCAAUUUGAGGCCGUUGGAGGAACUGAAGAUGCUGAUGACGUGGCGAAUGAUGAAUGGGUGGUUUCGGAGUCUAGUGCCACUCCGUCUCAGAAGAUGGUUUCUCCCGAGUCUCCCCUGGAUCUUCUCCUGCCGGAAAAAGAGAAACCGCUAACUGCGUCGAGAUUUGGUCACAGGAAGCCUAUCAAAACCAGUCCCGAAGGUGGGAGAGCGCUGAGGGUGGCAAGGCCAAAGAGGGAUGAAACGCUGGAGAGCACGUGGAAGAUGAUAACGGAUGGGCGUCACGUGCCGCUCACGAGGCACUUGAAGAGAUCUGACACGUGGGAGAAUCAUGGGCGGGAGGUCUUGGUAAACCCAUCAUUAGAUUCGGAGCAUGACUUCACUCCGGACCACGUGCCCAAAUCACAGACCUUCAGAGACCGCACCAAUUAUUAUGACGCACAAACCACCGGGCCGCCGGCGAGUUUGUCUCCGGUUCCUGGGAGGAUUAGUAGGGAGCCUUCGCCGGGUCAGGACGAGUUGAACCGCCGAGUCGAAGCAUUCAUCAAGAAAUUCAAUGAAGAUAUGAGGCUGCAGAGGCAAGAGUCGUUGAACCAGUACAUGGAAAUGAUCAACCGUGGGGCCAAUUAAAUUUGAUACUACUAAUUUUAGGAUUUUCUUUUUAGCAAAGAAAAAAUUGACACAAAAACCCAAAAAAAAAAAAAAUGAAAAGUUGUGUAUAGAAGUUUUUGAUUGACUUGUUAAAAUGGUUGGGAGUUCAGUGAUGUUUUUCCAUGUCUAAUUGGUAUAGGGAUAUAAGACAGGGACCAAUUACAUAUACAACCAAAGAGUUAUGUACAUGAACAUGCAAAGUUUUUUUUGUUAAUUAUCUAUGUUUUACAUCAAUGAAAA